AUGGUCGGAAAAGUCAGCGAAAGGGUCCUCCUGCGGGAAGGUCUUGAGAGGACCGAUAAUGGCAUGAAGCUGACCACAUGGCCCGACGUGACGCCAAUUAACCAGAAAAACUAUUAUACUGAUUACAUGAAGCGCGAUGACCAGGUUCUCGCCCUCCGUCUUCAGAGUGAUGCGACACGCGACCGACUAGUACAGAACGCCCGCGAUAGAGACCGUGUUUUAUCCAAGAGCGCCAAUGGCGAACUACCGCUUCCCGUCGCAGAUCUACCCGACGAAGAUGGCGCCGCAACACCAUCCGCUGGCAUAGACCCCUCCAAGAUCAUUGUGAUCCACCCUGGCAGUCAGAACCUUCGUAUAGGCUUUGCGAGUGAUGCGCUUCCCAAGACGAUCCCCAUGACCCUUGCGACCAAGUUUCCCCAGACCGAAUCCGAGAUGUACGAGGCCCUACCACGACGACAGUUCGAGGCCAAGACCGCAGAUCAACAAUAUGGAGAAGAGUGGUCAAAGAAGUACAACAAGAUGUGCAAUGACCUCAAGGUCGAGAUGCGGGCCAACAAGCGCAAGGUCCUGCCUAAUUCGAAGGAGCUGGUCCAGACCUUCAACCGUCGUACAGAACCCGAGGUUAUCCAAAAGCACAACGACCCGCUCGAGAUUGAAUGGACCGACAUCGAAUCACUCGACGACCCCAACUCUUUGGCUUCAUGCUUUAUUGGCCACCAGGCUGAGCGUGUCCCCGACGAUUCCAACCCCAAGUUCAAACUCUGGUGGCCAAUUCAGCAUGGCCAGUGGAACGAGGACGGAUACACAAGCCAGGAGCAUAUGUUUGACGACCUCGAAACCCUUCUCGACAAGGCAUUGAGACACGAUCUUGGGUUGAAGAAGAGUAGCGAGUGGCAACAGUACAGCUGCGUUUUCGUCAUUCCCGAUCUAUACGACAAGAAAUACGUCGAGCAAAUCCUACGGUCUUGCAUGACAUGGUUCGAAUUUUCUCGGGUCUGUUUCAUCCAGGAAGGAAUGGCCGCGACCUUUGGUGCUGGAUACACGCAAGCCUGCGUUGUCGAUGUUGGAGCUCAAAAGACAUCCGUCACCUGUGUAGAGGAUGGUCUUGUCAUGGAGGAUUCAAGGAUCAACCUCAAAUAUGGAGGUUACGAUAUCACUGAUACCUUCCUCAAGAUGAUGCUUUACGACAACUUCCCCUACCAGGAUAUGAACUUGCGACGACGAUAUGACUUUCUUCUCGCUGAAGAGCUCAAGAUUAAGCACUGCACCAUGUCACAAGCGGACAUUUCGGUGCAACUCUACCAGUUCCACGUUCGCGCACCCAACGAGCCAACACGAAAAUACCAGUUCAAGACAUACGACGAGGUUAUUCUGGCACCCAUGGGAGUGUACGAUCCCGCCAUCUUCGAUAAUAGCGCCAAGUUGAAGGGACGACGUAAGCUGGUUGACCGAUCUUACAACGCAUACGACGUCGAUAUUCCUGACGAUCCUACCUCUGCGGCUCAGCUGGCUAUUCUCGCACUCGUCCAACCAUCGAUAACAUCCAACGUCAACGGAUUCGCACAGUCACAGCCCGAUGUUUCAACGCCUAUGAAGGAGAAGGGUCCUUUCUUAUUCGGAAAGGAGGGCACUGCUAACGGAACUCCUAUGGGUUCUCAUGCCGGAUCUCCUGCACCAGAAAGGGCCACCACACCAGUUCCUCCAUUCGUCUUUGGCGCAAAGGACAAAGACGGUGUCAAUGGAGGCAGCCCAGCGCCCAAUGGAGGAACCCCUGCCCCUGGAACAACACAGCCACCUGCAGGCAUGUUUGUCGAUGCCGCUGCCCGCACCGCCAAAUCGGUUGCUAUUGAGCAGGAUGCUGUCCUGCCGGUUGCCCCUCUCGACAUUGCUAUUCUCACAAGUAUUCAGAACGCCGCUAAGAACGAUGAGAAGAAGUUGAAGGAUCUGCUAGGAAGUAUCAUGGUUAUCGGUGGCGGUGCCAAGGUUCCUCACUUCACAGUCGUGCUAGAGGAGAAGAUCAAGGCCCGACGACCCGACCUCAACGACAGAAUCCUUGUCAGUCGAAGUGCAAGAGACAUGGACGAACAGGUAGUCACUUGGAAGGGUGCCAGUGUCUUUGCCAAGCUUUCUACCAACGACUCAUGGAUCAGUCCCUUUGAGUUUGAGAAGUUGGGCGCCAGGACUCUUCACCACAAGGUGCUUUGGGCAUGGUAA